GAUGCCCGUAAAGUGGCUGCUGAUACCACACUAAUGCAGGUAUGAUUUUGUAUUUUCUCAAACACCAAUCAAAUUCAUACAGUCAUUUUAAUCAAGCACUUUCUUGUUCUUGUAAAUAGGUGGCUUCCAAUGUUGAAGCUGUCGGACGAAUUCAGAUGCGCACUCGUAGAACACUUCGUGGCCAUUUAGCAAAAAUCUACGCCUUGCAUUGGGCCACAGACUCCAGGUAAGGAAGGCUAAUGCCUGUACCCCUCAUGCCUGUAUAUUUAAAAUAUUAGUAGUUAGCCUAAAUAUUUUGCAGUUAGCCUUAUGAGUGAAGCGAUGCCUAAUGCUUGCAACAUCCUUUUGGAAUAGCAAUACAGACAGUCGUCCACUUCAAUGUGAUGUGAUAAAUUGUUAAACUAUACUUAUACAAUCUGUCUUGUUAUAGAAACUUAGUUAGUGCUUCCCAAGAUGGUAAACUUAUCGUUUGGGAUUCCUACACAACCAAUAAGGUAAAAAACGUGUUUAGUUUUCACUGGUUUCACCAAAGCAAAUUAUAAUUUUGUGGCCAUGUUUCAUUUAGGUCCAUGCUAUCCCGUUAAGAUCAAGUUGGGUUAUGACUUGUGCAUAUGCCCCGUCAGGCAACUUUGUUGCAUGUGGUAAGUCAGUGCAAAAUGUUGUAGAGGUUUUACAAUAAUAUGUAAUGGAUCUAAUGUCUGGUACAUUUUUGUGUGGAUGCUAAGAUAGAUAGAUAGAUAGAUAAACUUUAUUUAAACAUGCUGACCCCGUCAACUGAAGCUGAUUUCCACGAGGGGCGUGCGAAAAGUAUACAGAAAAGAAUUUCUAUGUUUUCAGUUAGCUAUCAAUCAAGCGAUUUUCUUUCGAAAGGAAGAAAAGGAUUUGCUCUCGCUUAUUUCUUUAGGAAUAAAAUUCCAAAGGUGUGCUCUGUCAUACACAAAACUUAAUUCAUAUUAUUAAUAUGCGGUUGUGGUAAACAAAGAAAAAUAUAUAUUGAUGUGUAACUUUCUUUUUAGGUGGUUUGGAUAAUAUAUGCUCAAUUUACAGUCUAAAAACUAGAGAAGGAAAUGUUAAAGUUAGUCGUGAGCUGCCUGGUCACACUGGUGAGUGGUAGUUGACAUUCAUACCAAAAUAUCAAGUGAAACCGUUCAUGCUAACCAUUCGGGAAUUGAUAUGAAAAGUAGAAAUCUUAUGCGAAAAAUAAUAUGUAUUAUUUCUUUUGGUUAGGUUAUCUUCCGUGUUGUAGGUUUUUAGAUGAUUCACAAAUUAUCACCUGCUCUGGAGAUAUGACAUGGUAUGUGAAUACAGAAAAUUGACUCCUUUUUAGUGCAAAGUUGCUUUGCACUAUUGUUAUGAGAAAAAUUCAAUCCAGUGACUGAUCAACGGAUAGAUUGAUCAAUCUAUUGAUAGAGUAAACAAUCUGGGGGGAGCUUGCAAAUUAUUUUUAUUGGGUUUUUUGGAGCUUCGUGCGACAUUCGGCCAACUAAUCGUUCAUAGCUGUUUGUAGAUUAUAAAAAUCUAUAUUUAUAUUCAUGAUGGUACAUGUUCAUACUUAUUUUAUCCAAUAUUUAGAGAAGUUAUUAUAUGAUUGGCUCCUCCGCAACAUAAACACACACGAAUAAAUACACAUGCUCUCAUAUAAUAUAAUUUUACAAUAGCGGACAUGAACGAGCGGUGACUAUUGAGCGGCAGUGUUCGGUGGUGUGAAAUUGUGUAGACUAGAGUGUAUUACAACUGAGGUUGAUAGUAUUGUAGCACAGUGGUUUAUCUGUCAAAGAUAUGGAGCGAUGUAUACAUGAAUAAGUGCCAGUGGAUAGUUUUGAUAUAAAAAUUAAAAUUAUAAGUCAGCAGCUGAUUUAUAUCAACUAGCUUAUUCUUGUAAUAUUGCCAUAGAGCUAGGUUUACAUAGCCCAAUAAAUAGUAAAUAAUAAUAAAAUUUAAAUUUUGCUCCGGAGGCAUUACAUGCCGAGAUUGACCUGGUAAAUAGCGGCGAUACUGGUGAGAGCCAGUGGCACUGUGGCAGUGAACUAUAUAAUAAAUGUUUGUAAUGAUCUAGUGUCUGUAGUGAAGUAUAUUAUUUUUAGCUUCAGUAAUCUAUAGUCCGUAAUGUCAGUUUGUAUUGUUUCCGAGACGUUUUAUAUAAAUCAGUCAUUCCAAGCUUUUGUCAAACUAUUGGUAUUUCUCACUUAUGGCAUUUUAUUGAUAAACUGUAAAAUAUUAUAUUUAAUGAGAAAUAUUUAGAUGUCGGCCAUGGUUCUGAUCACAUAGACAGCAAUUUCUGUAGCAGGUGGCCAGCACGCAUCGACUUGAACCCGUCCUGUUUUCUCAUUGGCUUUCUAAAUUUGGAAAUGAUUUUGAAUGUCGGGUGACAACAAUUUCUUGCAAGUUGUUUAUUUUUGUUUCAUUUCAAUUUUCGAAGGCAGUUUGUUUUGUACUAAAUGUACAACGGAAAAUGGGUAGAAAAAAAUUGAAUUGAAAGCAAAGAAAAAAGAUCUGGAUUAAAACACCAUUCAAGGAAUUAAGCCAUGGAAAAUUAUCCACGCGAAAACAACAAAGUCAUGGCUUGUAAUAUAUAUUAAUUAACUGAUAGAUGCAUCAAUCUUAUAAUGAAAAGGUUCAAAUGUUCAGACGUCUUGACAAACAAUAGCAGUUUACGAUUCCUCAAUACUCGGCCUCGGGGAUUAUUGAAUGCGCAGGAAAUUUCAUGUCUUUGUAAUUUUCUAAUAAAGUAAAUUAUACAUUUUUGUCUGAUUUAAAGAAACAUUUCCACUGUUAUUGUAGUGACCUUUAAUAGUAUGCCAUGGAGCUAUUUCAUACAUUAUGCAAAUCAAAAGAAUUAAGUCUUAACAUUUGUCAAAUCAACUUUGCACUAUCCUUGGGAUCUCUGAGUUGCUUAUAAUUUACUAAAAAAAAAUGGCAAAAAGCUACGUGAAAAAUACAAGCAGAACUUAAACGUUUGCGAAGCCCAUUGUGUGUAGGUAUUCUUAACUUUUGUUAAAAUGCUUGUGUCUCUUUGUUUUUAGUUGUUUGUGGGACAUUGACACUGGCCAACAAACCACCACAUUCCAUGGUCACACUGGUGAUGUGAUGUUCCUGUCUCUAGCUCCUGAUGGACGUUCAUUUGUGUCGGGUGCAUGCGAUGCUUCCGCAAAGGUAUGUCUUCCUAUUGGUUGAACUGUUAGUUAUUAAAAGACAUAAUUAAAUCCUUUAUGUUUUGUAUUUUUAGAUCUGGGACAUACGUGAUGGUAUGUGCAAACAAACGUUUACGGGACAUGAAUCGGAUAUCAAUGCUGUAGCGGUGAGUAGUGUGGGACUGUGGGUUUCCCUUGGCUUGAUAUGUUAAAAUAUCAAAUUGCAUUGCUAAAUGCCUUGUAUUCAUUAAAUGUCUACUUUGUAAUGUUUAGUAUUUCCCGAAUGGCAAUGCAUUUGCAACUGGCUCAGAUGAUGCCACUUGUCGUUUGUUUGAUAUCAGAGCAGAUCAGGUAUGAAUCUACUAUGAAUCUAUUUCAUUUUUGUUCUCACUGAAUUGAAAUUGUAGUAAUUAUACAGUAAUUUUGUCAAUAAAAUAGAUAGUUCUACAGCUUAACUGUUAUGAUAUGCUCUUGAAUUUAGAAACUUAGCAUUUGGAAUUUUUGCGCAUCUCACUUGAUAGAAUUAACACUUCAACUAUCUACAUCAGACCCCAUAGUUGACAUACAGUACUGUUGGAUAUAAGUAAUAAUAGUCUUUCUCUUUUAAAUUUCAGGAAGUAAUCGUUUACUCGCAUGAUAAUAUCAUUUGCGGUAUCACAUCAGUAGCCUUUUCAAAGAGCGGCCGCUUACUCCUUGCGGGUUAUGAUGACUUCAACUGUAAUGUAUGGGAUACAUUGAAGGGUGAGCGUGCUGGCGUUCUAGCCGGCCACGACAAUCGUGUUAGCAACUUGGGUAUCACUGAAGAUGGAAUGGCUGUAUGUACAGGUAGCUGGGACAGUUUCCUCAAGAUCUGGAAUUAAACACAUAGGGCUGCGAGGCUGAACUUUUGAGACUCCGCAUAUGAGUAUAUACAUUUAUUUUGUAAAAUGUACAUCAAAAAAACACUGAUCUUAUACCGCCUUAAAUGCAUUUUGGUAGUCAGUACAUGGUGGUUAUGAUAAAGACAGCACAGCGAAAGGUGACAGGUCAAUGUACAUGAUAUUUAAAGAAAUUUAUAGGGUAGGCAAUUUGUGUAAAAUGAAUGUUUGGAACCGAUUUGUGAGUUGCACUGCCACAUAGUUUACCUUGCGUGUAAAUGUUGUACUGCUGUUUGUAUUUGACCUCGUAGAACAGCCUUCCGCAGUAUACGUUUAAUCCAACCCCUUGAGUUUCUUGGCACUAUGGAGUUCAAUUAUUGCUGAGAUUUUUAAUUAUAAAAACUGUUAAUAUUCUGUGAUAAGAAUUAAUUUAGCAUGGUUAAUUGUCAAGGCUAUUGCUGAUAUCAUCAGCACCUCAUAUUAUUUAAAAAUAUUUUAUAACCCCAUUUGAAAUUAUCUCAAGUAUGCUGUCCAUAAUUGUAACCUUUGCUGUAAUGACUCGCCUGAAAUGACUUGCCUCGAAAAAUCUGGGUGUGGCGGGUUCUCGUAAUAAUGAUAGUGGUGCGUAGCUAAUUGUUGUAAAAAUCCUGGGGCGUCCUCUACAUGUCAACAACAGCACUUUAAGAAACAUUGUAUUAGUAAUAGAAUUUCAUUGAUAAUUAAUGUGAAAGAAUUAGUUUAAGGUAGAGAAUGGUGUGAUUUAUUGGUUAAAAUGGUCACUCUGAGCUAUUGAAAUAGCUUUGGUACUGUAGUUGUGCUAUCAUAUUGGAGAUACCCAAUCUUAGUAAAUCUAUCAGUAGUAAAUAGCUUUGGUAGUUGUGCUAUCAUAUUGGAGAUACCCAAUUUUAAAGUUGAAAACAUCAGCUGAUUGCAGUUUAUGUUAAUUUCUAUACUUGAUAAGAUCUUAUCACUUCGGUGUAAUAGACUGACAAGGGCUCUUCCGAGUCGUCACUUGAGUAUAAUAGACUGACAAGGUCUACUGUUAUAAAACUGGUUAUAAAACAGGGCUUUGGGCCUAAAUUGAUGUACCAAUAAAGCACACCAUUAACUGAAUUAUGUGUUUGUAUUUUGUUGCAUGAAAAUUAAAUAAGCGUAUGGCCGCAACAACAAAAAUAACACUUCAGAAUGCAAACACGUUAAUUGGUAGUAGUUAUGUAGGUUAGGAAAUUAUCAAAAAUAUGCUGUUAUUUGAAUAUAAAUGAAAAAAGAUAAUACUUAAAAUAAUUUUGUGUGUUCUUUUAUUGUUUAAGACCAAGUACUUUUAUUAAUCCUUAGUCAUUUUGGUAAUAAUGAUACAUAAUACAGUAUAUGCAAGAACUUGUGGUUAAGUGUCCACUGGAUUCUGUAUCUCGAUUAGAGCGCUGGGAACCGCUAGGGCAAGAGAAUGACCAGAGGCUUGUUUUAGUUCAUAGAGUCGAAGCAGGCCUGCGUAGCGUUCAUAGAUACCUAGCCUGCAUGGCAGGCGGUUUUUAGGGACCGCUGGCGCGCCUAAUACACGCCAGGUACACGCUCCGGCAGGGCGCUGUUUUUCCGGAAAGUUCGAAUCAUCAUCUUGGCCACACGUCAAUCGUUAUCGUGAUUGACACGUUUUGCUUUACUACUAAAUGAAAUCUUUUAGUAAACAUUUUAGAGAUUGUAAUCCUUCAGUAUUCUUUGGUAAAAAUUCGUGUUUGAUUGCAUCUUGUGUAAUAGAGAUGCUAGCAGCGAUUAAAGAAACUCUCUCGCGUACAAAACUCGCUAAUUUCAAACAUUGAAUAACAAAUUAGUGGGAUUUUUAGACUAUAACCUACUUGCCUUGUCAAGCCAUGAUGACACUAUCGUUUUUGACGAAAUCCGGUUUAUCUGCAUUAAGUUAAUACUUUAAUAUUCAAACUGCUAAUAUAUUGAUCAACCUCGUGGUGUGUUUAUUGUUACCACAGAUUUUUAUCAAACUUGGAUGACGGCAAAAUGAAUUUGGUACUAAAAUUUUAGUAAAUUUCUCGAUUACUAAAUCGAUGAUGAUGUGUUCGCAACAGGCUUGUAGCAAGCUUGUCAAGAAGUUGUAACAAUGCUGUUAUUUUAUCAAGUUGCUACAAGGUUGCCACUCACAACUUGUUGACAAAACAAAUUGAAUUGCUCUGUUCAGCUUAACAACAACCUUGUAACAAGUUGUCAAUAAGCUGGGAACAAGCAGUGCGAACACAUCCUGUUGACAAGUUGUUGGAACAGCAUUGCUACAAGUCUGCUGAGAGAGAGUGGGCACUGCCUGCCGAGAUUAAUUGUCUCGGGAAUUUUUUUCCUGUCCACGAGUUGUCAACAAAUCUGUUCACAAGCUGUCGACAAGUUGUGUUCGCACUACUUGUUCUCAGUUGUAAUAAGUUGGGAACAAACUGUUAACAACCUGUAACAAGCUUGAUGGCAUAUCAGAAGUGUUACAAGGUUGUUCUAACAAGUCUAAUACAGUCUUGCUAUAACAAGGAUGUCACAAGGUUAACGACACAAGGUUGUAUUAAAACAAUAUUGUUAUAUCAUGACUGUAUCGGACUUGUUGGAACAACCUUGCGACAAGUCUGAUAGUAUCAACAAGGUUGUUACAAGUUGCUAACAGCUUGUGACAACUUGUAGGACAAGUAGUGCGAACACGUACAACUUGUUGACUGCUUGGCUUGUUGGCAGAUUUGCUACACACAUAAAAAAGUUUGUCGACAAGCCGUCAACAAGUUGUCUUCGCACUGCUUGUCACAAGUUGUCAACAAGUUUGGAACAAGCUGUUAACAAUUUGUAACAACCUUUAUCAGGCUUGUUACAAGUUUGUUCCAACAAGUCCGAUACAGUCGUGAUAUAGCAGUUUGUUACAACCUUGUGUCGUCAACUUUGUUAACACUCUUGUUUAUCAUGACUGUAUCAGACUUGUUAGAACAACCUUGUGACAAGUCUGAUAAUGUCAUCAAGCUUGUUACAACUGGGAACAAGCAGUGCGAAGACAACUUGUUGACAGCUUGUGAACAGAUUUGUAACAACUUGUUUGCAGACCUGUAACAACUUGUGCGUUUUUACGUGUGUUUUGUUCGCACUGCUGUUCCCAGUUGUUGUAACAAGUUUGGAACAAGCUGUUAACAACUUGUGGCAAGCUUGAUUGCAUUAUCAGACUUGUUACAGGGUUCUAACAAGUACGCACAGUCAUGAUAUAACAAGAAUGUUACAAAUUUGACGACACAACGUUGUAACAAUGUUGCUAUAUCAUGACUGUAUCGGACUUGUUAGAACAGCCUUGUAACAAGUCUGAUAAUAUCAGCAAGGUUGUUACAAGAUGUUAACAGCUUGUUCCAAACUUGUUGACAAGUGCGAACACAACUUUUGUUGACGGCUUGUUAGCAGACUUGCUACAAGAUGUGUGAGAUUUUUGCCUGUGUACAAGAUGUGGGAUUUUUAGGCGUGCAAGCGAAUCAUCCCGACUCCAUAAGACACACAUAGACUUGUAGCAAUGCUGUUCCAACAACUUGUCAACAGGAUGUGUUCGCACUGCUUGUUUCAUGGCCAGCUUGUUGGCAAGUUGUCAACGACUUGUUGAUAACUUGCUACAAGGUUGUUGAGCUCAACAGACUUGUUACAAGUUGUUCCAACAACUUCUUAUCGUCCUGCAAUUCAACAAUUUGUCAAUAAGUUGUGAGUGACAACCUUGUAGCAACUUGAUAAAAUAACAGCAUUGUUACGACUUGUUGACAAGCUUGCUACAAGCCUGUUGCGAAUAUAUCUCUUUGACAAGUUGUGACUUGUGAGAUUUCACUGACAACAAGUCUGAUAAUAUCAACAAGCUGUUAACAACUUGUAACAACCUUGUUGAUAUUAUCAGACUUGUUGCAAGAUUGUUCUAACAAGUCUGAUACAGUCAUGAUUUAGCAAUAUUGUUACAACCUUGUGUCGUCAACAUUCGCCUUGUGUCGUAUUUAAUACAUUAAAACAUUCUUGUUAUAUCAUGACUGUAUCAGACUUGUUAGAACAACCUUGUAAGGAGUCUGAUAAUGCCAUCUAGUUUGUUACAAGUUGUCAACAACUUGUUCCAAUCUUGUUCCAACAACUGGGAACAAGCAGUGCGAACACAACUUGUCGACAGCUUGUGAACAGAUUUGUAACAACUUGUGCGUGUGGAGAGUGAAGUCAAGACCAUGCGUGUAUCAUGUGUAUAAAAAAUCAGCUACGCUCCAGUGAUUCUGCAAAAGGUCUAUGAAGUUUUUCCGAGUGUAUUUGGCAAGAAUUGGCGUUUGAGUUAAAACGAGGGGUGCAAAUAUGCAAUCAUGACAUGAUAGAAAAGACAUUGCAACAUAAAACGUGAGAGAGCAAGUGAACAAUAACUUGCAAUAUUUCUGUACAAGGAAAACAGUGUCUUUUAAUAAAGAGUGGGAGUUGCAUCAUAGAGCACUCAUCUGAUGACAAAAACCGAGUUAUUCAUGUGAUAUAUAUUGCACCAUGGCCAUGAUGGAUCAUCAUGACGUAAUUUGCAAAGGUAUUUGGGUAUUAUAUAACAAAUUAAGUAAAGAAGCAACAGCCACUAUCAUGAAACGUGAAUCUCUUGUGGUGUACAUUUGCAUAUAUAAAGAAUAUAAAACAAAGCGCUAAAAUUAAACCGAUUAAAAUGGCAAGAAGUGAGAACGAGCUGGAAAUAUCGCCCAUUAUCAGCGAGUUUGAAAGCAACACUGUUGUCAAUAUGGCGUCUGAUUCCAAUCCUAUCACCCUGACAUUCAACAAUUUACGAGUAUUUAUUGACGACAGAAAGAUUCUUGAUAAUGUUAGCGGGUCUGUGAAGCCAGGAGAAGUUUUGGCUGUGAUGGGGCCAAGCGGUAAGUAUAUAAAGAAUAGAUAAUUGGUAUUUCUUUAUCCAACAAAGCUGUUGUCUUAUGGUACCAGACCGUAGAGUAGAAAGGUCGGCCAAGAAUGGGAAAAUACGGCAAAGUAAAACGAACGCGGCUUGAUUAUUUAAAACAAAGCCCUACAGCGUAGGUUUAUAAAACUGUUAAGUGUAGAAAUGAGCUUAUGGUGGGCUUGUAUUUGGUGUUUCAACACAUAGAAUAAUACAUAAAGGCUACUACGCAUAACGAGAUGGAUGCCUUGGGCUAUUAAGUUAGUAUAAAAUAAGUUUGGUGUCAGUAACCUGAGCUAGCACUUUCUCCACAUAUUUUGAUCCUAGAAUUAACAGUACGUCUAGGAAGUCUAGACUGCCGUGCUAAUAUAUGAGCACAUUAGUGUAAUAAUAGUCUUAAGAACCCUAAACUAAAUAUCAUUAAAAUUAUCUCAUUCUUUGUGACUUGAAAAUGUAUUUAGUUUCAUAAUUGUGUUUCAAUCUCUGUUAUAUCAAUCAAGCAAUCACAAAAUGCAUUCGUAUAGGUUCACAGGAAAAAAUUGAAUGUAAAAAUACCCUGGUUCCAGAGGCUCUUUGCGAGGUGAAAUUAACAAGAGGCGAGAAGGAAGAGCCUCUGGUCAAAUCGGUUGCAAAUCCCACAUCGAGGCAUUGGGGGGUAUUCAAUACCGUAAUACCGCAAGCAAAUUUUGUCAAUUACUGCAGUUUUUAGUCCAAAAUUGCAAAUACUGUGUACCGCAAGAUUUCCAAUAUCGUAGUACCGCAAUUUUUCAAGGAAAAUACCAAAAUACUGUAAGAAGAAUAAGCUAAUACCGCCAUACCGUAAAUCCCAAUGUCCCCCCCUCCACAUCCACACUUGAUUUGGCUCAGAAUUUGAAUCUCAUGUGAUUGGCCGUUUGUAAAAAUAUGUCAAACCGGUUUGGGACAUAAACAUUACUGUAAGCUAAUGGAAAAUUUAUUUCCUUGGUGGUGACCUAAACAGGAUAUCAAUUUUUUACAACAAAGACAAGGCCAUUAAACUGCAAGGGCACAUGUUACAUUUUAUUUAUCCAAACAGCAGGUUAUUUAUUCACACACAUCAUGAUGCCUUUUAUGCUCGUAGCCACACAGCUUCAUGUAACCUUUGUUCCAUUCUAUGCUUACAUUAAAGUAGCUGAAUCUCUUCCCCCUGCUUGCUGAAGCUCAUCAUUCUAAACCCUGAUUGUAGGUUCUGGUAAGACAACCUUACUUAACUUUCUCGCUGGACGCAGAGUUGGUGAUUCAAAAUCCGGGGAGGUUUUGCUAAAUGGUCGUCAUGUGAAUAAAAAACUCAAGAGAAAAAUAUGUUACGUUUUACAAGAAGAUCUUUUCUUUGAUAACUUGACAUUGAGAGAGACGUUGACUGUAAGUGGUUGCAUUUUAAUUAUCUAUGACAUCACUGUUGAGAUGUUGCACAGGGCAAAACUUUCCUAGCCCCCCCCCUCCCCCCUCCCCGAGGAGGAUGGGGUCUGGAACUCCCCUUUUUUAAAAAUUAUUUUAAAACUUGAGGAGAAACUGGGGGGGGGGCUAACCUCUUAAUGUUUUGAUCUAUGACAUAAAAUAUACUAAAUCUGUACUGCCUUUUGGGCGUGACCAUGCCCCUGGAUGAACAAUUAAAUCCCCCCCCCCCCAACUCAUUUGGAGCUGGCUAUGCCCCUGAUGUCUUUACGAUUAUUACGAAUGUUACAUGCUCAUUUUUUUGCAUUUUUUAUUUUACUUUUCAGUAUUCAGCGCUACUAAGAUUGCCAGAUAAAAUGCCGAAAGCAGAGAAGUUAAAAAAGGUGCAAUAUUUCAUCUAUUAUGUAAUAGUUAAGAGUUAUUUUGUUCUUUCAUUAAUUAUGGCUUAUGAUCCAAAGUCAAUAAAAUCUGAAUUUAUCCUUGAUAGGUUGAAGAAAUUAUUGAAAUUUUGGAUUUGAAAAAGUGUGCUGAUACCAGUAAGAAUUCAUUUCAACUUUGGUUAUUAUAAAUUAGAUUAUAAUAAUUGCAAAACAAUAAUUGAUUUGUUGGUAGCAAUUUUGUGAUGAUUUGAACCUUUUUAAUUUCUUCAUUUCUUUUCAGAAAUGGGCAACUCGCUUAAAAGAGGUCUCUCUGGAGGUAAAGUUCUGUGUUAACUUAAUCCAACCCUAAUCACUAUGAUGUCAUUAUGGAAAUUAACCACAAUUCAAUGUUGUUAACACUCUAUGUCCACUGGGGCCUAUCUGUCUGUUUGUUUGCCUGUCUAUUUGUCAGAUCUCCAUCCUUUUUCAAAUCAAAUGCCAAAACUCCGUUUUCAAAUGCCAAAACUCCGUUUUCAAAUGCCAGAACUCCGUUUUCAAAUGCCAGAACUCCGUUUUCAAAUGCCAGAACUCCCUUUUCAAAUGCCAAACUCCCUUUUCAAGUACCAAACUCCGUUUUCAAAUGCCAGAACUCCGUUUUCAAAAGCCAUAACUCCGUUUUCAAAUGCCAAAACUCCGUUUUCAAAUGCCAGAGAAAGCCACAAUUACUGCAUUUUCAAACGCCAGAACUGCAUCCACUUGUCUGUUUGACUGUCUGUUUCUUUGCCUGUCUCUGUUCACCUAUCUGUCUGUUUGUUUGUUUGUUUGACUGUCUAUGUCCACCUAUCUGUCUGUUUGUUUGCCUACCUGUUUGUAUUUCCACCUAUCUGUCUGUUUGUUUGACUGUGGUGUCUGUUUAUUUGCCUGACUAUUUGUCAGAUCUCCGUUUUCAAAAGCCAGAACUCCUUUUCCAAAUGCCAAAACUCUGUUUUCAAAUGCCAGAACUCCCUUUUCAAAUGACAAAACUCCGUUUUCAAAUGCCAGAACUCCCUUUUUAAAAGCCAGAACUCAGUUUUCAAAUACCAGAACUCCCUCUCCCUUUUCAAAUGGUAGAACUACCUUUUCGGCUUGAUAUAUGAAAAUUUUCGACCAAUUAGGUGUGAGCAAAUUAGUGGACACUCAAUUUUGACAAUAUGAAACAUAACUCAAAAACAUUUCUUCGGUGCCUUGUCCCCAGUUGCAAUUUGCAAGCUUGGACCACGCAGGGCUAACUGAAAAUGUUUUUGCCUACCUGCAAAAAAACCCUAAAUAUACAGGCAUGUAUAUUUAUGAGGUUAAUGAGGUUUUGGAAAUUAAGUGUUUCCAUAUUUUUUUUUACUUUUUAUUUGUAUCUCAGAAGAACAUUUAGAACUAGACUAAGCUUUGCUUUUAUUUUUCUAUCAGGUGAAAAGAAAAGGGCAAAUAUUGGCUGUGAACUAAUCACGAAUCCCUCGCUCCUAUUUCUUGAUGUAAGAGAAGUAGAUUAUCAAGACUUUAUCCAUUCUAGCUGCUAUUCAAUGGCUAAACUGUCAAACGUUUUGGUUAUAGCUUACAACAUGAAAGUAAUAAAAUAAUUGAAAAUGAGGAUAAUGUCCCCCAGUCUUUUUGCUGAGAUAAAUAUUCCUGUUAGAAUAUUCAAAAACCUAGAAUCCUGCUUUCUUUCCAGCUCUGAACUUAAUCGUUGACAAAAUAUAUCUCAAAUGCGUGGUGCUGACAACUCUAUUAUCAUAGUUUUCAUUGAUAGUGAGCUGUCUUCGUUAUUGAUAUUGCUUCCUAAAAGGAUUGAAAAACGUCAGCGAUCUAGUCUCUUUAUUAAAUUAAUGUAGUGAGUCACAUUGCGCCCUGAUGCGCCCUACUUUAUUAUUUUACUCUGUCUAACGCCAUAUGAUUUUACUCGUCAAGGGGAGAGUGCUGGCGCUUAAUGGGUUAAUGUCUGGAGGGUUCCAUUGUGGAUAAUUUUUAGUAAUAGUUUAAAGUUGUCUUCGUUCUUGAUUUCACUACAGUACCUUCUACGUAAUCUUGUAGUUUUUUUAAUAUCAAACUAAACGUUGUUGUCUCAAUUCUCCUCAAUCCUUUCCUUCUAUAGGAACCAACAUCAGGUCUUGAUUCAAGCAAUGCAUAUAAUCUUGUCAAAACGUUGGAAGCUUUUGCUGAAGAUGAAGCAAAGACAAUCGUAAUGACCAUUCACCAACCUUCAAGCCAGAUCUUUCAUUUGUUUGAUAAAUUAUUGUUACUGGUAAAUGGCAAGGUAAGUUCAUGAGAAUAAAAAUCUAAAAGGCCAAUUUCCACUCUCAAGGAAAUUUUCCGCAGAAAGAAAAUUUUGUAAAAUGUGAUUUACCGACACAAAUUUUCCGUGGGGAAAAAAUUUUGAAGUUAAAAUUUUCAACUUUUAACAAUGAUAUUUUCGGAAAACUUUCUGUCCUUGGAACCUAACCUAAAAGUGAGGAAUUUUGUUUGCAUCUAGGUUGCAUAUUAUGGUAAUUCCUCAGAUGUUCUGAACUUCUUUGAAAGAAUUGGCUUUCCUUGCGAGGAGCAUUAUAAUCCUGCUGACUAUAUAUGUAAGUUUAGAAAAUCAUUCUUUCUGAUGGCGACUUUGAAAAUAAUGUGGUCAUAUAGUCUCUCCGAAUCGUCUUGUUUAAAUCAUAUAUUGAAUUCUUAAGUUGAUCUUUUUUCUUCGAAAUUUUACAUUCGUUUUUUUUUCUUCUUUAUUCACGUAGUGGAAGUUCUGUCAAGAGGUGCUGAAGUAGAAGAAAAAAUUGUGUCUGCUUGCCAAGAAUGGUAAGUUAUGAGUCAGUGUAUGUCUUUAUGAUUUGAUUACAAUAAGCUAAACCAUAGUCAUAUAUAGGGGUGCACCGGAUUUCAAAUCCGGCCGGAUUUAACGAAUUUUCCGGCAUCCGGCUUCCGGCCGGAUUUGGAGAAAAUCCGGCCGGAUUUAAAUUUCUGUUUUCACCUUAACAAGUUCACCAAGAAUGGGAUAAACCAUCAAUUUGGCAGCUUUAAAGUUUAAAAAAAACACUUAUAUUAUUAUAAAAUAUUAAGUUAUUAACAAAAUGAUGUUUAAAAAGAUGUUUAAAUGAUGUUUAAGUUCUGAGCGUUACGAGAAAACGUCAUCCUCUUGUUGCUGAAUACAUUGUCAACGGUAAAACUUUGCAGCAUGUUUCCUCGCAGAAAGACCUCGGAGUGACGGUUUGUUCAGAUCUCAGAUGGAACACUCAUAUUUACGAGCAAAUUACGAAAGCCAACCGCCUACUUGGUAUGCUCAAACGUUCGACUAUCAAAGUCAAAAACGUAAAUACCCGACGCUGUCUCUACCUUACACUUGUGAGAUCCCAUCUUGCUUAUGCCUCACAAGCGUGGUGUCCACAGACUAUCACCAUGUGUAUGGAGCUCGAACGCAUACAACGUAGAGCGACCAAAUUCGUACUGUCUUUACCAUUCCAAACGGACAUGCCAUACAAAACGAGACUCGCUGCGUUGAAUAUGCUACCUCUCUGUUACUGGCACGAAUAUCUUGAUAUCCUGUUCCUCUUCAAAUGCAAAUAUGGCUUGGUUAAAACUGAUAUCCUACCCGAAGAAGUGGACACUCUGACUUCAACCAUAAAUCUACGCUCUUCUAAUAACUCUCUUGUAAAAUAUAACAUUCCUAAAGUAAGAACGCUAUGUCACCAGAACAGUUAUCUUAUACGAGUAUCGCGUGUGUGGAACUGCCUACCAGACGAGCUACGGAAACCAGAACUAUCAUUGCAGAGCUUUAUUAAAUCACGUGUUAUAAACUAUUACCACUCCGCAACAUUAACCGUGUUUGACCAGGAAAUUCCGCAGACGUGGAAAUCAGUUUGUCUGAAAUGUCAUAAAGCCAGGCAGCUUACUGCAACAAUGAAAUGUUGUUCUUAAUUGAACUAGUUAUUUUGGCAAUUAUUCAAUGUAGUAUACUUCAUUUUAUCCGAUGUAGAGUUGGGUUUUUCGCCAUUUUCGUUUUAUUUAAUUUAUCGACGGAUACAGAACCUAUAUAUAUUCUCGCAUUUAUUCUGUUUGACAAUUUUGUCAUUUUGUUUUCCCAAAUUUCGAAAUUUUUACGCUCUCUCUCUACUUCGGAUGAAAAGGAUUAUACUAUAUUCUUGUUUGAUAUUUAAAUUAUAAGUUGUGAAUUUUUGUAUAAUGAUGUUUUGUAACAGGUCACUAACGUAAUUGGCUCACGCUGUGUUAGUGUUCCUGAACCGUCUUCCUGUUUGUACAUGUAUAUUUCUGUUGACGGCUGAAGUUAAUAAAUAAAUAAAUAAAUAAAAAAGGUUUAAACACAAUCAAAAAUCUAAACUGACACUAACUAAAAAUAGUAAAAAACAUAAACCGUCAUUUUGAAUACUGAUUUAUUCCCAAUUGUCCCCAUUACCGGUUUAUCUCAAAUCCGGCAAAUCCGGCCGGAAUUCCGGCCGGAAUUUUUGUCCAAAUCCGGUAAAUCUGGUUCCGGCCGGAUUUGAAAAUUCCAAAUCCGGUGCACCCCUAGUCAUAUAUAGAAUAAAAAGGUUACAUUUUAUCUAAAAUAUGAAUAUACGAUAUUUCCACUGUAGGAUAAAAGGUACUCUUCCUAUUCCUGUGUGUGUUGAUAGACGAAGUAUAACCACGAGUAGCGAACGGGACAAUGACUCUGCGGUAUUGCCACUGGACUAUUGUUUGCAAAACAGAGCUAGCUUUCGAGAAGACCGUGACAGCGACUCUCUGAAUUCAAGUCCUGGGGCCUUAAAGGAGGUUACGUCGUCCAGCAACGUCCAACAGCCCGAGAACGAUUCAACUACCGACGGUGAAAAACUGAAUGGGUACACGAAUAAAUUGGCAGAGAUACAAAAUAGUAGUCCGGCAGUGGUAUAUAGACCGAAACAGGAUAUAACGGUACAUAUAGAUACAUCUGGGACAAAUAGACACUCAAUACGCAGGAACUCUAUGGAAGAGAUCAAGAGGAUGAUGGAUAAUACUUCUGAGGAUGGCGAUGACGAUGAGAGACAUAACGGGUUCCAUUUGGAUCACGGGGAUAAAUGGCCAACGUCAUUUUGGACACAGUUUUUCGUUCUCAGUCACAGAACGUUUAAACAGUCGCUACCGAUAAUUUUAUCAAAACUAAACUUAGUACAGGUAGGUACAAAUAGUUGAAUACGCCUGACGAAACGUUUAGGGAAAUUGAAAAUGUGAAACACUUCCAUUUUGAUACACUUCCAUUUUUCUUUGAUCUUCACCCCAACACUAUUUUGCACGAAACAUGGAGGACUAACCCAACUUAGAUGAUUAUAUUAGGCAUUUAUCAUAUUAAUGUCCCCAUUCAGUGCCUUACACAGGUGACCAUCUGUUUGCUAUUUCUACUGUAUUAGAACUUGCUGUUAGCCAUCAUUAUUGGUUUAAUCUGGUUCCAAGUACCACACGAAGAGGAAUCCAUUAGUGACAGAAGAGGAUUGGUAUGUACAGUAAUCAACACGACAUUCUCAAGACUGUUCAGAAAUUUCAUUUUUGUUAAGCCUCUUUCUGCAUGCUUGUAUUUACUCAUAGCAUUUUGCAAACAUAAUUUCUAUGCCCCAUUCAUACUCGAUUACAUCAGGGCUUUCAAAACAAGAUGGCCGCUGCCGGGUGUCAUGAGGUUUAUCUUCCGGCUACUCCCUUUAAAAUCUACAUCCAUCUCGUCUUUAAACAAUGGCAAAGUGCAAGAAACAGUAAAGAUUUCUGUUAUCUGUAUACUGAUUGUAUUCACUAUUUUUAAUUUCAGCUUUUCUUCUUUAUUACUUAUUGGAGUUUCAACCCUCUAUUUCACGCAUUGCUCACGUGUAAGUAUGGAAUGGCAGCAGCUUAACUAAACGAAAAGUUCUCACUCCACACUGGAUUGCUUUUCGUUUCUAAAGUGUCCUUACUAUAAACCGUAAUUAAUUUUCAUUCGUUAUUGAUCUAGUCGCAGGAGAUCCAGGCUCUAUUUGCCCGCGCCCUCAAGGAAGUUGCAGGCGGGCGCGGGCAAGUAGAGCCUGGGUCUCCUGUGAUUUGGUGCAACUACAGUACAGGCGGAAACCUUAACAAAAGCGCUGUAGCACGGAAUAGCACUUGGAACCAUUAGUCAUGUGCUUUUGUUUUCUUGCAGUUCCAUCGGAAGAAGUGAUCAUCCGCAAAGAACGCUCUGCCGGAAGCUACCGUCUGUCUGCGUAUUAUUUUGGCAAAUGUUUGAGCGAGGUCCCAUUGGUUGUCUGUUAUCCAAUCGUAUUUUUGUUUGUGUUUUAUUGGUUGUGCGGUCUCAAUCCAAGUGUUGCCUUUCUUGGACAAGCUUUGACUCUGAUCAUCAAUGCAAUCUUAGCUCAGGUAUUACAUUGGUAAAUUGGUUGUCACAGGUUCACUGUCUACUGACAUUUGCCCCCAAUCUCGUUCCCCGAGCCUGCGAUCCUCAGGAAGGAACGCGAGACUCUGGGAUAAACCGUUUCAGGGAGGAAUCUGAUUGGCCGUUGAAAUGAAAUGCGUAGUUCAAUCUUAGCCAGGAUUCCUGGCUUCCGGCAACGGAUUAUCCCAGAGCCUCGCGUUCCUUCCCGAGGAUCGCAGGCUCGGGGAACGAGAUUGCAUUUGCCCCCGACUGUAACUGACAUUUCACAGAAUGAGUACGGCCGGAAUCAUCAAAUAAUUUUAAAGUGUUCCUUGAGUAAAUAGAGCAUAGUUGAGGAAACGUUUCGUCUCGAAGAAGACAACCUUUUCUGGCAAACCGCUUUCCGGGAAUUUUCCGAUUCGACCAAAUAUGUGUGUUCCAUUUUCAUUCUAUUCGAAAUUACCUGGAUUUCUGUGUAAAUGAUAGACAACCCAGACAAUCCAAUACCUCGACUAACACUAUAAUUGUCAUUUUAGUCUAUUGGUCUAGCUAUUGGUGCCACAGUAAUGUCAUUUAACAAAGGAAUUGUGGUUGCUGCCGUCUCCAUGUUGGCUUGUAUGCUUCUGGGAGGUUUCUACACAAGAGGAGUACCGUUCUGGUUGAAAUGGGUUCGUUACAUCUCAUUUCUCACUUACUCGUAUGAGAAUUGUCUCAUUAUGGAAUUCACUGGCAUUAAAGAUCACAGGUUAGAAAUGUGUGCAAUGUGAAGCGGACUAAAAACUGCUCUAACAGCAACAACAGCAACUGAAAAAACAGCAACAACAACAACACCAACACCACCACCAACAACAACAACAACAACAGCAACAGCAACAGCAACAACAGCAACAACAGCAACAACAACAACAACAGCAACAACAACAACAACAACAGCAACAACAACAACAACAGCAACAAUAGCAACAACAACAACAGUACCAACAACGACGACUACAACAACGCAUACAACAACUACAACAACAACAACAACUACAAUACCAAUAGUAGCAAUUAUGUUUCAAAUUAUAGUUAAUUAGGUAAAUCUGUUAUAUGGCAAUUUUCUUACUAAUUUCUUACUGAUUAUUUAGUUGUGCUGAAAGAACGAGCUAUGUAGAGUGCAAGAACAACGCUACUGUCAUCACGGGCAGUCAAAUUUUGGAACAUUUUAAUAUCUCGAGAACAUACGGCGAAAACCUCGCAAUUCUAGUUGUAUUUAUUGUUGUAUUUCGAGCGAUUGGAUAUUGUUCAUUAAGGUUCUUACAUAAACCCAAAUAA